AUGGCCACUUCUGUGCCUUCGAAUGUUCACAUCUCCAAGCAUCCUUGCCUACGCGCCAAACUGUCUCAACUGCGCUCCAAGUCCACCAAAGCCCGUGAAACAAAAGCCCUGGUUCAUGAUAUUUCUCUUUUGCUGGGUGCUGAGGCUCUCGCUGACUUGCAACUGGACAAUCUCGGAACUGAUGAGUCCCCAAUUGGUUUUGAGUAUGCCGUGGAGGCCAUCAACGUCGCCAAAAUCACCCUUGUCCCAAUAUUGAGAUCUGGGCUAGGAAUGAUCGACGCCAUCCAAACCAUUCUCCCCGAGCCUGCCUCCGUCCAUCACCUUGGUCUCUUCCGUGAAAAGAUGACCUUGCAGCCUGUCGAGUAUUACAACAAUUUGCCACAAUCGCAGUCCUCUGUUGCUAAAUUGGCUAUUAUCACCGAUCCUGUAAUCGCGACCGGAGGUACCGCAGUGGCAGCCAUUCAGACCUUGAGGGAGUGGGGCGUGGAGAAGAUCAUCGUCCUGAGCGUCCUUGCUGCGCAUCCUGGUCUCAUCAAGGCUGCCGAAGAAUGGCCUCAAGGAACACAGAUCUGGGUUGGAGGUCUGGAUGAGAAGUUGACCGACCAGGGCAUGAUCCAGCCUGGUCUCGGGGAUAUCGGGGAUCGUCUGUUCUUGACCAUUGGCAAGUAA